AUGGCGAGUGUACUGUUACGUAGGAAAGAAAUUGGUAAAGAGCCAUUUGAAUGUCGUGACUCUCAAACUAAGAUUCGGCUACUGCACAAAAUCUCAGCGACGAUGGAGGCAUGUGUGGCGCAGACCUGCGCCUCGGCAGCAACAGCCAGCUCACCUGCCUUUUUGUUCACUCAACUGAUAAAGGCCCUACUGGUCGCCCAAUGCUCCAUAACAAGUCAGCACGACUACCCAGUAGACCGUACCCAGGAGAUCCUUGAUCAAAACCUGAACUUUGAUUUCAUAGUAGCCGGGGGUGGCUCAGCUGGUUCAGUAUUGGCCAAUCGCCUCACCGAAAAUCCUGACUGGCGUGUCCUUCUCGUCGAACAAGGUGACGACCCUUCGCUUGCAAGCGAUAUUCCCGGCUUCCAGUCAUUACUCCGGCGUACACACGAGGAUUAUAACUACAAAGUGGAGCCAAGCAAAUAUUUGUGUCAGGGUAUGAAAAACAGGAGCUGCUCUUGGCCGGCAGGAAAGGCUCUUGGUGGUAGUUCAGUGAUAAAUGCGAUGAUUUAUGUUCGAGGCACCAAACAAGAUUUCGAUGGCUGGAAAGAUCAGGGCAACGAUGACUGGGGCUACGAGGACGUACUCCCAUAUUUCCUCAAGAUCGAGAAUUAUCACCCCGAGGUGGUUGCCAAGCACGGGGAUAAAUUUGGGACUGGAGGACCACUUACGCUCAGGCCUUACAAUUACUCGGUGUCCGGGGCCCAGGAUUUGCUCCUCGAAGCAGCCAAAGAGCUGGGAAUACCGGUCUUGGACAUGUUGAACACAGAAAAAAAUAUUGGAUUCGGCAAGGCUUAUGGUGCUUUGGAAAAUGGGGUUCGUCAGAACGACGCCAAGGCCUAUCUCAAUCCGAUUAGGGACCGGAGUAACCUGUAUGUCAUGAAGUCAGCUAGGGUGGAUUCAGUAGUAAUAGCUGGAAAAAGAGCCACCGGUGUAAAAGUAACAUUGAAGAGUGGACGUCAAGUGGAGCUGAAGGCACAAAAAGAGGUAAUAGUUUCAUCGGGAACACUUGCUUCUCCACAUAUCCUUAUGCUCUCAGGUAUUGGACCACGAGAAGAGUUGGAGCGCCAUAACAUAGAUGUAGUUGCCGAUCUUCCAGUCGGCAAACACUUGCAGAACCACUUGAUAUGGAUGGGAGUUUACCUGACAUUCUUAAAUAAAAGCGCCCAAGCUUCUAACUCGCAAGAGAAUAUUAUAUUAGACAAGACGUACGAAUACUUGUUGCACCGGAAGGGAGAACUUUCUACUGGAAGUGGUACAGACCUCCUUGGGUUUGUAAACACCAAGGAUCCAAAUGCGAAGUAUCCUAACCUCCAGUUUCAUUUUGUGCCCGUACCACAGAACCAACCCAUGAGAGCAGUCGAACUCGGAAAAGCCCUUAACUUUGUAGACGACUUCAUCUCCGAGAUGGUUCAACUCAAUUCAGAGUGUGAAAGUAUUAUAUUUGGUACGACUUUGCUACAUCCCAAAAGUGAGGCACAGCUAAAACUCAAAAGUACGUAUCCCGAGGAUCAAAUCGAGAUUCAUACGUCCUAUUUGGAUAAUCAAGAGGAUAUCGACCUGAUGCUAGAAGGACUAGACAUAGCGCGCGAUCUGUUAAAGACAAAACCAUUCAAAGAUUUGGACGCUAAGCUCCAUCGUUUAAAUAUUGCUGGCUGUACAGCAUAUCCGACGGAUUCUCGAGAGUACUGGGAAUGCAACAUGAGACAUACAACUGCUACCAUCUACCAUCCAACGGGAAGUUGCAAAAUGGGACCAAACAGUAAAGACUCAGUCGUUGAUAACAAUCUGAGGGUACAUGGCGUUGAAGGGUUGCGUGUAAUCGACGCUUCUAUUAUGCCAGAAAUCACUAGUGCUAACAUACAUGCAACAGUUUUGAUGAUAGCAGAGAAGGGAGCGGAUAUGAUAAAGAAAGAGUGGACGGUAAAAGCUGAGCUGUAAUAUUUUUAUCGCUAGUACACUUUAGAGGCUCUUAUUGUAACAAUAAAAUUAUAUUGUAGUCAAUGGUAAAAAACAAAUUGUUUCUAGACAUAACGUUUUCUGUUUUUUGAACUACCCUCGUCAAUGGUUUAAUAGCUUGCGUCAUUUAUACUAUACCUAAUAUUGCUUUGGAGAUAAAAAUAUAAAAUUAAUAUAUUCUAAAUUUUUUUGGUAAAAUGUA